CCUCUUGUUUCUGUUUCUCCGCCUCCUCUGCGGGAGCCGAGCGCCAAACUCAAACUUUACCAGGACCUGGACGCAUCCAGGCUAGUGCUGAGGGCCGGGCCUUUCUUCACAACAGCUGGGGCAGCGGUCCAACAUGAGCCAGGUUCUGUUCCAGCAACUGGUCCCAUUGCAAGUGAAAUGUAAGGACUGCGAAGAAAGGAGAGUAAGUGUUAGAGUGAGCAUUGAGCUACAAUCAGUUUCUAAUCCAAUUCACAGAAAGGAUUUAUUUAUUCGUCUGACUGAUGAUACUGAUCCAUUUUUUCUGUAUAACCUCGUUAUAUCUGAGGAAGAUUUUCAGAGUUUAAAAUUCCAGCAAGGUCUUCUGGUAGACUUCUUAGCUUUCCCACAAAAAUUUAUAGAUCUCCUUCAGCAGUGUACUCAAGAACAAGGCAAAGAAAUUCCAAGGUUUUUGCUGCAGUUAGUUUCUCCCACAGCCAUUUUGGAUAGCUCACCUGCAUUUUUAAAUGUGGUGGAGACAAAUCCUUUUAAGCAUCUUACUCACCUUUCAUUAAAACUUUUACCUGGAAAUGAUGUGGAGAUAAAGAAAUUUCUAGCAGCCUGUUUGAAAUGUAGCAAGGAAGAAAAAUUAUCAUUGAUGCAAUCACUGGAUGAUGUUACUAGGCAGCUGGACUUGACACAAAAGACAUUAUCAGAAAAAGUCCAAGAACUAGAUAAACUACGGAAUGAAUGGACAUCACACACAGCAGCAUUGACAAAUAAGCAUUCUCAGGAACUGACAAAUGAGAAGGAGAAAGCGUUGCAGGCACAGGUUCAAUAUCAGCAGCAGCAUGAGCAACAGAAAAAAGAUUUAGAAAUCCUUCACCAAAGAAACAUCAACCAGCUGCAAAACAGACUGUCUGAGUUAGAAGCGUCUAAUAAAGAUCUAACUGAAAGGAAAUAUAAAGGAGACUCCACUAUCAGAGAACUUAAAGCAAAACUUUCUGGAGUUGAAGAGGAGCUUCAGCGUGCUAAACAAGAAGUCCUCUCUUUACGUAGAGAGAAUUCUACCUUAGAUGCUGAAUGCCAUGAGAAAGAAAAGCAUAUUAAUCAGCUACAAACAAAAGUGGCUGUUUUAGAACAGGAAAUCAAGGAUAAGGACCAGCUUGUUUUAAGAACAAAAGAAGCAUUUGAUACAAUCCAGGAACAAAAGGUGGCUUUAGAAGAAAAGGGAGAGAAAAGUCAGGUGCAACUAGAGAAACUAGAAGCGACAAUAAAAUCAUUAUCAGCGGAACUUCUUAAGGCAAAUGAAAUUAUCAAGAAGCUACAAGGGGACCUGAAAACUUUAAUGGGUAAAUUGAAACUCAAGAAUACUGUUACUAUUCAGCAAGAAAAACUCUUGGCUGAGAAGGAAGAAAAAUUGCAAAAGGAACAAAAGGAAUUACAAGAUGUUGGACAGUCUCUCCGGAUUAAAGAGCAAGAGGUAUGCAGAUUACAAGAACAAUUAGAAGCUGCAGUUCAAAAACUUGAAGAAAGCAAACAGAUUCUGAAAAAUAAUGAAAAGUUAAUCACGUGGCUAAAUAAAGAACUAAAUGAAAACCAACUAGUGAGAAAGCAAGAUGCAUUGGUACCUUCUACCACUCCACCUAUACAUUCUAGCAGUAACACAAUCAGAAGUGGAAUUUCUCCUAACCUUAAUGUGGUUGAUGGUAGACUGACUUACCCAUCUUGUGGUUAUCCUGUGUCCUCUGCAUUUGUAUUUCAGAAUACCUUUCCACAUCCAAUAUCUGCCAAAAAUGCCAUCCAUCCAGGUUCAGGACCAAAGGUACAGUUUAACUUGCCGUUUACAAAACCAAAUACAUCUGUAGAGGUUCAGUCAGGAGCAACUAUUAACAUACCAUGUUUAACUGAUAAGGAAAAUGGAGAAAACUUGGGGCUGGAAUCCAAAUAUCUGAAGAAAAGGGAAGAUAGCAUUCCUUUACGUGGGCUCAGUCAGAAUCUAUUUAAUAAUCCAGACCAUCAGAAAGAUGCCACCUUAGGCACAUUACAUGCCUCAUCAAAACCUGCAGUGCUCCCAGCUACAGCUUCAGCAUAUUUUCCUGGGCAGUUAUCAAACAGUUAA